AUGAAAGAUGGGAUUUAUGGUGAAGCUUUGCUGGAAGAGUCUCAUGUUCUCCUAAGAAAUGUGUUCCACACUCAACAUUUUUUCCUUAACUUACUAUUCACGUGGUUUGCUGUCUUUAUUUUAUGUACUCUGUACCUCAAUUUUUCAUUAUUGACUGUACGUCAGCUCCCACCAGCACUCAACUGGACUGAAAUUGCUUUUACUGGUGUAUAUACUGCUGAAAUGUUGAUAAAAAUACUAGCAAGAGGAUUUGUUUGGAAUGAAUUUACCUUCCUUCGAGAUCCGUGGAACUGCUUGGAUCUGUCUGUUACUAUUGUAAUGUACGUUGCUACAUUUAUAGAUAUAGGCGAUGUUUCACUUUUUGCAUCUGUCAGAGUACUGAGGACUUUGAAAGCCGUUUCAGUAAUACCAGGUUUGAAAAUCCUGGUAAAUUCAAUUGUUGAAUCUGUUAAGAAACUUGCUGACGUGAUGAUCUUGACUGUAUUUUGCUUGAGUAUAUUUGCCCUAGUAGGCCUCCAGCUUUUUAUGGGCAAUUUAAGAUUCAAAUGUGUCCUCAAGAAUACUGUGUACAAUGACUCAUUACGUAAGGAUCCCAAGAUCUAUACUAUCCGUACAUCUGGAGUGACCUCCUUUUUCUUUUUUGUGGUAUUCAUCCUUCUCUGCUCAUUUUAUCUCUUCAAUCUGAUCUUGGCUGUGGUAACUAUGGCAUAUGAAGAGCAAAACAGAGCUGAAAAAGAGGCCAAGAAAAAACUACUUCAGGAAGCCCAAGAAAUUCUAGAGAAAGAACAGGAGUUGGCUGCAGCAGAAAGCAGUAAGGCCUUGCAGGUUGGGUCUGAAAUGCCAGUUGAUGACUUGAAAAACUCGAAAGGAAAUGAGAGUAAUAGAGAAACACCUGUUUUAAGACAAAAUGUAAUUUUAGAUGAUCAGGAGAAAGAGGAACAAAUAUUUAAUUCACAGCCUGGUCACUGCUACAAGAAGCUUAGGAAGAUCCUGCUGUCCUAUGAUGUAUCAGUGGACUCUAUUAAUGAUCCUUUCCGAAGACAGAGGUUAAUGAGUGCAGCUGCUAUUCUUACAGACUUUUCAGAGUCAAAAGUGAAAUGUCCUGCAUUGUGGAAACGUUUUGCUCCAAAGUGUCUAGUUUGGAAUUGUUGUCCAUUCUGGAGAGCAGUCAAAGAGAAGGUGAAAUUGGUGAUUUUGGAUCCGUUUGUUGAACUGUUUAUCACAGUUUGCAUUAUCUUGAACACUUUAUUCAUGGCUAUGGAGCACCCUGGCAUGUUGCCAGAAACCAGAAAAAUGAUUGCUAUAAGUGACGAGGUCUUCACCCUGAUUUUUACACUAGAAAUGAUCUUGAAAAUCAUUGCUCUAGAUCCUUACUACUAUUUUCAGAACAAGUGGAAUGUUUUUGAUAGCUUGGUUGUUUUGAUUGGCCUACUGAGCUUUGGAACCAAUCUGUCACCUUUCCGGGUGGUAAUGAUUUCUUUGCUAUCUUUUAAAAGCACGUGUUUUAUCAGGAUCUUCAAACUGGCAAAGUAUUGGCCAACCUUAAAUACUCUUGUGAAAAUAAUUCUAGACUCAUCUAGUGCUGUGACUAAGUUCUCUGUGGUUUUGGGUUUCACUGUAUUUAUUUUUGCUGUACUAGGAAUGCAUCUUCUUGGCAGUGAUUAUGAAAAAAAAUUCCAUAAAAUAAGCACCAGUAAGGAUUUACGCUGGCAUAUGAAGGAUUUCAAUCAUUCAGUCCUGAGUAUACUCCGAAUAUUAUGUGGAGAAUGGAUUGAAAUGAUGUGGGAAUGUAUGGAAGUGGCUGGAAAACAGAAAUGUAUUACCUUUUUCUUGCUAGUCCUGGUGAUAGGAAACCUGGUGGUGCUCAACUUGUUCAUUGCCCUGCUGCUGAGUUUGUUGGAUACUCACAGCUCAGGAGGACAAGAGGAACCUGGAGAAAGGACUAAAUGUCAGAUUGCCCUUGCACAGAUUCACCAGGGCCUGAAGUCUUUGAAAGACAGAAUUCUGGAUCCUUGUGGCAAAAAAAUGAAAGGAAGCCUCAGAAAAACAGACAAAAAGAAGACUUUGGAAGAAAUUUCUGGCAAAAACAUAGAGGAUAAUAAUUAUGCCAUGACAGAUGUCAGAAAAUACAUAGACAACAAUUGCUUUGACACAGAAUGUUACCAUAAUGAAGAGAAUUCCUCAAUAUCAAGGAAAUAUAAAGAUCUUUCCAGCAGUCACAGUACCUGUGUUCCCAUUGAAGCAGCAGAGAGUUACAGUGACAAAAGUGAUGAUGAGCACAUUGUAUUCACAGAAACAGAACACAGAAAACAGGGAGACAGAUUACGACACAGAGAACAGCGGCAGAGUUCAAGCAGCUUCAGUCAGAUUUCUGAGACUCAUGAAACCAUAAAUGUUUUCACAGUAACACAUGAAAAGCAAGAGCAAAAAGAGAAAUGUGGUGCUGCUCACAGCUUUUCUGAAGCCAGCAGUGUGGAUGCAGCUGUUGUUCUGGAGAUGUUUUCCCAGACUAAAAACUCACACCUGCCUAAGGACUGUUUUGGAGAAAGUUGUGGUAAAUGUGUCCCAUGUUGUGUAGUGGAUAUCACUAAGUUUCCAGGCAGAAGUUGGUGGAACUUCAGGAAAACCUGCUACAGAAUUGUUAACCACAGCGGGUUUGAAUAUUUUAUGAUUUUUGUGAUAGUAUUGAGCAGUGCAGCACUGGCAUUUGAAGAUAUUCACUUGCAGAAUAGAAAAACAGUGAAAAGCAUCCUAGAUUAUGCUGACAAAGUAUUUACCUACAUCUUUUUGAUGGAGAUGCUUCUGAAAUGGGUAGCUUAUGGAUUGCACAAUUACUUCACAAAUUCCUGGUAUUUGCUUGACUUUGUCAUUGUAUGUCUGUCAUUUGUUUCCUGGGGACUAAGUCAUGAUCCCAAAGAUGUAUCACCUUGUUCCUCUGGGAGUGGCCUGAAAUCUCUCAGGACUCUUAAAGCAUUGAGGCCUCUACGAGCUUUGUCAAGAUUUGAAGGGAUAAAGGUUCUUGUCAAUGCACUCCUCGGAGCUAUCCCCUCAAUCUUCAAUGUUUUGCUCGUCUGUGUUGUCUUUUGGCUCCUGUUUAACAUUCUAGGAGUAAAAUUGCUUGGGAAAAGAUUUUCAAAAUGCAUACUCCAGGAAGGAGAUAUCAGUCUCAUUAAUGACAAAAGUGAUUGUGAGUCCUAUGGUGGAAAAUGGACAAAUUCUCCUGUAAACUUUGAUAAUGUUGGGAUGGGAUACUUGGCUCUGCUCCAAGUGGCAACUUUUAAAGGUUGGAUGGAUAUUAUGUAUGCAGCAGUGGAUUCACGUGAGAUCGAUGAACAGCCAAAGUUUGAAGCAAACUUACAAAUGUACAUAUACUUAGCGUAUUUCAUUGUUUUGGGAUCUUUCUACAUGCUGAAUCUUUUUAUUGGAGUGGUUAUCAGCAAUUUUAACCAACAAAGGAAAAAGAUAAGUGGAAAAGAUCUAUUUUUGACUGAGGAACAGGAAAAGUACUAUAAUGCCCUAAAAAAACUUGGAUCCAAGAAACCUCAAAAACCCAUCCCAAGACCAUUGAAUGCGUUCCUGGGAUUGCUGUUUGAUAUCGUAAUGCACAAAGCAUUUGACAUCAUCAUCAUGAUUUUCAUCUGCCUAAAUGUGGUUGUUAUGAUGGCAGAAAAUAACCAGGAAGGCACCAAGGAAGUUCUUAAUAAAAUCAACUAUUUUUUUGUGGCUUUAUUUACAGCAGAAUGUGUCAUAAAAAUACUGGCCUUAAGACAGCAUUACUUCAAAAGCAUCUGGAACUUGUUUGAUCUUAGUGUUGUGGUCCUUUCAAUAGUUAGUAUUGGAGUUUCUGAAGCCUUUCAAAAACUCAUCUCUCCUACACUUUUGAGAACUAUUCGUUUGGUGCGAAUUGGCCGAAUCCUGAGAUUGGUUCGAAAAGCGAGAGGACUUCAAACCCUUCUCUUUGCAUUACUGAUGUCUCUUCCUGCACUGGUCAACAUUAGCCUUUUGCUUUUCCUAAUUAUGUUUAUUUAUGCCAUUGUGGGCAUGGCAAACUUUGCCUGUCUUCCCUGGGAAGGUGGGAUUGAUAACAUUUUCAACUUUCAAACCUUUUCUGGUAGCAUUCUCUGUCUCUUCCAAAUUACAACGUCAGCUGGCUGGGAUACUCUUCUGGCCCCUUUGUUAAGUGAAUCUGGUACAUGUGCUCCCAACUUAAAUUUAACAGAGACAGAUAAAACUACUUGCAAAAAUAGACCAUUUGGUAUUUUUUAUUUUGUAAGCUAUGUCAUUAUAUCAUUUCUCAUUGUUGUAAAUAUGUACACAGCUGUCAUUUUAGAGAACUUCAGUGUUGCCACUGAAGAAAGCACAGAUCCUCUUUGUGAGGAGGACUUUGAUAUGUUUUAUGAGACCUGGGGAAAAUUUGAUCCUCUGGCAACACAGUUUAUUGACUAUUCUGCUCUUUCAGACUUUGCAGAUGCUCUGGCAGAACCCUUGCGCAUUCCAAAGCCCAAUAACAUCCAGCUCAUAUCCAUGGACCUCCCUCUAGUGAGUGGAGAUAAGAUCCACUGCUUGGAUAUCUUGCUUGCUUUCAGUAAACGUGUCUUGGGAGAAUGUGGAGAUUUUGAUACGCUUAAGUUACUGAUUGAAGAAAAAUUCGCGGUUGUCAGUCCAUCUAAAAGUUCUCACAGGCCAAUUUCUUCUACAUUUAAAAGAAAACAAGAGGAGGUAUCAGCAGUUAUUAUCCAAAAGGCCUUCAGGAGGUAUUUGAUACAGCGUUCUUUCAAAAAUACGUCUUUAUUAUGCCGUCACAGACAGAACAGUGCUGUCUUUGGAGAAGAAAUGCAGGAGAAGCAAAAGAUUAUUGUAUCAAUACUUAAUGAAAGUAGUGGCAGGAAGAUACAUAAAUCACGGCCUGUUUCUUCCACAUCUCUCCCUUGACUUUAUGUUGCUUUUGCUGAAACAAAUAAGCUGGACAUAUAAGGUUACCCCAGGCUGCAGCAUUUUUGACAUUUAAAGCAAAGUCACUGAUUUUCAGAUGGAGACAAUAUGUGAAUCCCAGAGUAUAAUACUCUGAAUUUAGAAUAAUGGUGGCAGCCUUCCAGUAUUGGGAUUGUUCAAAUUUUCAAAUUCUCCUUAAAAUGAUUAAGAUCUGAACAACUAUGUCAUAAAUAUUGGAGGAUAAUCAAACCUUGGAUUUUUUUCCCAGUUAGUGGAGUAGGUGGGUUAAUUUUUUCACCUGCUAGUUUUGUCCUAGUUCAUGUGUUUACAGAAGAAAUCCAUAAAAGGUCGGUUGUAAGCACAGAUUUAUAAACACACAAGGCUCUAGAAUAAUGUAUAUCUCUUUAGAGAUAACCAAUAUUUCCAACUAGGCUUUAUUGUCGCAAAAUGAACUAAUUACUGCACUUCUGUAACAGAGCUCAUUCAGGAAACUCGAGUAUAAUCAGCCUCUGACUUUGAUGGUUUUGGGACCAUCCUCCUCCUAGCAUGUUUGGGUGGAUUUGUUUAUGCUUAAGUAUUUUAGAGAUGUCUUUAUAUGUGCACCUAAAUGGAUUUAGCAGAUCAUCCUCAGUUGCCUGUGCAUAAAAGCUGUAUAUAAUUUGUUCUUUGUAUCAUUCAGUGUAUGAAAAUUGUCAUAAUCCUAGUUACCAAAAUCAAAGGAUGUUAUACAAGGGGUAUUGCUUCCAGAAAAUCUUGAGAAUCAUUGUACAUAAAUUUUCAUCAUCAUCCAAAUGUCAUAGAAAGCAUUACUUAGUAUUCUGAAAAGGAGUUCAUGGUAUAUCUUAUGAGACAAAAUUUAAUAAAAGCUAGGGGAAGCAUUUAUUUGAUUGAUUCUGAAAAAAAUGCAUGAACAAUGUGUAAUAAUAUUUUAGUGAUUCUUUUGCAGUUUAGGUUAUUCAGAUGAAGUGUCAUGGUGGAUUCAGGACCACUAAUAAAAUGCUACUGUUUUAGAUUCUUCAAUAAAGAGUUCAAAUGCUUAA